UGUCAUGGUGAAGAGUCCCAGGAGCAACUCAGAGUCUGGUUAAGCCAAAGACUGUGCGUUUUACCCCACAAUUAGGAAGCACUAACAGUUUACCCAUGAAUAUAGUUUAAAGAAGUUGAAACAUGUGGAGCAGUACAGUAUGUUCAGCAGCUAUGGACGACUGGAAAAACGUUCGAGCAAGAAAGGAGUAGACCGACCUCAGUACUUAAAGGAGCUGGUUGAUGAAUUUAACUCUACAGAAAGCUGUGAGGCAAGGGAAGAAGUUUUAGCCAACCUAGCUAACUUUGCAUAUGACCCAAUCAACUAUGAAUGGCUUCGAAAACUCAAAAUAAUCGACAUCUUUUUAAACCAGUUAUCAGAGGGCACACCAACCUUGUGCAGUUUUGCAGUGUCUGGACUCUGUAACUUGUCUCUUGAUCAAGAAAACAAGUCUUACAUUAUUAAAAAUGAUGGGGUGGCUCUGAUACGUGGCUGCCUCUCAUCCCCUGAGGAGUCUACUGUUAUUUCUGCUAUUGUGACCCUUAUGUUCCUUGUAACACCUCAGUCAAAAGCAGAUAUCACUGGUACAGAAGUGGUGCAGCAAAUUUUGGUCAAAGCUAACGGUGAUAAUCCAAGAAUUCGUAACGUGGCCAAGAUUUUUUUAAAUGAUUACUGUACCCCUGAGCAAGUAUUGAAAGCAGAGACAAUGUCCUAGAU